CCAUUGUUAAUAAUAGCGAUUCUGGUGGGCUUUCUCUGCCAGCCUCGAGUGGUCGCGGUCGGCGCUCCCUGAACCCAAUUCAUUCCACUUCGUCUCGUCCUCCCCUUCGUUCUCACUCACUGCCCAUAAACCCUUCUCUCUCCGUGCUGCUUUCCAUCGUUGACGGCUCUCCUUUUUGUUCUUUUCUUCUUAUUUUCUUCUCCUCGACACUGUCGUGUCGUAUCUCUUAUACCCACCAUCCGUUCUGGGCCCCUGAUCUCUGCUUGGCACCUUACGACAACCCACUUCCCCCCUUUCGUUCCUUUCGCAGUGCGAGAAAACCUCAAGUGACUUGAAAACGGGCCGGUCCAGUUUGCAUACUCUCUUUAUUUUUUCUUUUCUGGCUCCCGCAUACUUUUUCUUUCCGUCAACGCCUUUCGCUUCCUUUAGCACUUCCCUAGGGUUUUAGAAAGAGGCUGGCUCCUCACACUGGUUUCGCUUGGAUUCCGCUGUCGCGUUCCCAUGUUCGCUGAGUGGCAUCUCCAUAUACGAUCCUCCUUUCCUAUUCUCUCUCGUUGAGUUCUUGUUGCCAUUUCGCUUUUGUCUCACUCUUCCAGAUAAGAGGUCGUGAUUCGUCUGUCUGAGACAACUUUUCAUUGAACGAGUUCCUUGACGCAUUCUUGAUAGAAAGAUAAAAAAUUAAAACUUCAAAAGAAGGAGAGAAGAAGAAAAUGUAUCCCCAGCAUGGUGCUGUGGCACCUUCGCAAAAGCCAGAAACAUUCAUGCUUUCAAGCGAGGCACAGCAAAGUCUCCCUCAUGAUGCGCAAGUGGCGCUGCAACAGGUGGACAAUUUGAAGUACUUCCUCCUGUCUGCGCCAGUUGACUGGCAACCAGAUCAACUGAUCCGCCGCUUUCUACUGCCCACUGGCGAUUAUAUUUCAUGUGUCCUAUGGUUGGUUUGCAAAGCUAGAGGAGAUCUGUAGGCUUCGAUUAGGUUGAAACUGAUUGCGUCUCAGGAACAAUCUCUUUCACAUCUCGGGUACAGAUAUCGUCAGAUGUCUAGCCUUCAGAUUUCAAGCCUUCGGUCGUCCCGUCAAGAAUUCCAAGAAAUUCGAGGAAGGCAUUUUUUCCGACCUCCGAAACCUCAAGGCUGGCACCGACGCAACCCUCGAGGAACCCAAGAGCCCCUUCCUUGACUUCCUCUACAAGAACAACUGCAUUCGCACACAGAAGAAGCAAAAGGUGUUCUACUGGUACAGCGUUCCGCACGACCGGCUUUUCCUCGAUGCUUUGGAGCGCGAUCUGAAGAGGGAAAAGAUGGGCCAGGAAGCGACCACGGUUGCCGUCAGCGAGCCCGCCUUAUCUUUCGAAUUCGAUUCCUCCCAAUCGUUAUAUGAGCAACUCACAAAGACACAACAAGCAAAUUCUUCGUCGUUUGCUACACACGCAAGUACGGCAUAUGGCCAACCCGUCUCCCCAAUGGUUCGGACCGUUGACGCAAUGCCUCCUCCCCAGAUGGCCCCUCCAUCGAUGCCCCUUCUCCCGGACGACUCUGGCACCCCUACGAUGUACGGCCAGAUGCCAAUGCCCGACCCCAUGGUCCAUAAUUUCAUUAAACGCGAGCAGGAUUUCGGCCAGUUCCAAUAUGAUCGCAAUGGAAUGAUUCUUGCUCGCCUGCACCACCGCCACGCGUCGAUGCCAACAUUCGUCGAGUACUCCCCAGCUCCGUCAUUUGUUUCAUCCCAGUACGAAGACUACAGCAACCGGGGCUUUUCCUAUGAGCCGAUUACUCCCCCACAGCACGCCGUUCCCCUGGGUCCUGAACCAGCAUAUAUCGCCAACGAAGACACCGGCCUCUACACUGCUAUCCCAGACGCUGGAUCCACGGCGACGUUCAAUAAUAUGAUGCAUCUACAGCCAUCCAACGUUUCCAGCGCUGGUUUCACUGCCCCGCCAAGGACGUUUCCAUCUGUAUAUUCUGUAAUAGAGGGCUCUCCGUCAUACAAACGGCGUAGGCGGCGGUCUUCCGCUACUUCGGGCGCUCCGAAUGCCAUCGCAGCUGCUUCUGCUAACGUCCAGUCAACCGCCGCGCCAUCCCAGGUGGCCCCCUAUGCUGUGCAUAGGCCAAGCGAUCUCCGACGUUCGGUUUCCGCAUCAGUAGACCCUAUUGUUGAGGGACACGAGCUAAGUCACGUUCCGCAUGGUGUUCCUACCGGCUAUCCUUCUUCAGUUCUCCCGGGCAACGACCUGCCUGAAGUGCCCCAGAACGGAACUCAAUUAUCAAGCGUCGAAGAGAGUCCUGACGUCAGCGCGCAGGACGGUCUACCGCCACUACCGAAUAAUGAGAGCUUGGAGGCCACUGUAAAAAAUAGUGCGAUGCGCAGACCUGAUCGACCCGGGCCGGGCCCAGGGCCAGUUCGCCGUGCCCGCAGCGCUACUGUGAUGGAGCUGGGCCCAUAUCCACAGAAGUCCCAUUCAUGUCCGAUUCCAUCAUGUGGCCGACUUUUCAAGCGAUUGGAACAUCUCAAGCGACACGUGAGGACCCAUACCCAGGAACGGCCUUACCCUUGUCCUUAUUGCAACAAGGCCUUUUCGCGGUCUGACAAUCUUGCGCAGCACCGCCGUAUCCAUGAAGCCCAACAAGAUGGACAACACCAAGCGCAUGGAAGCGAUGAGGACUUGGAAAAUGAAGAAAAUGAAUUCGGUUCUCGCGAUACCACGGCUUCAUCAGGCGCGAAAUAUGUUCCAAAUAACAUGACUAACAUGGCCAAUGUGACAUCAAUGCCUUCUUCUGUGGACAUGCCGACAGCUAUGCCCACGAUGAUCGCCCCUCAGAUGGUUGCUCCUCAGCUUUUGCAGCAGCAAAUAUAAGAGUGAAAUAGACGGCUGCAAUUUAAGUCUUUAUCUAUGUUUUUUCUUUUUCUGCAGAUAAUGAUGGCGGUGCCUCUUAUUUAUAAUGUGUUCUGUAUACCUGCUUGGAUUUUGGAGUUGAAUGUGUGUGUGUGUGUGUGUGUGUGUGUGUGUGUCUACCUAUGUCAAGUUACUUAUGAUUAGGCGCGUCCUGUCCCAACUAUGAACAAGACUGUUUUCCUUGUUGAUGACAUGAGCUUCUUGUGAAUCAUUGCUUGUUUAGACUCCUGCCUGUAUAUGCCACUUCUCACCUAGCACUAGUCUUCAGAGGAACUGUGGUGAGGUGUCUCUUCACAAAAUCCUAUGUAAUGCAUGAGACAUCUCUAAAAUAACAAGGAUCACCCUUGUCCACAUGUAGUACUGUGCAAUGUCAAGUUUUGAAUUUAACAUCAC